AUGGCUCAAUCAAUCCCGAAGACCACCAAGACAUGGAACGUCAUAGGUCAGGAGGGCAUCGAGUCCCUCAAGCUUUCGGAGCAGCCUAUUCCUGAACUUGGAGAUGGCGAAGUUUUGGUCAAAAUCCAAGGCGCAUCCCUCAACUUCCGUGACCUCAUGGUAUCCGAAGGCACAUUCCCAUGGGACGCCAAAGACGGCGUAGUUCCAGGUUCCGAUGGUGCUGGAACCGUCAUUGCCAUUGGAAAACGUGUAUCGCGUUUCAAGCCCGGUGAUAAGGUCAUCACAGUGCUGACUCCUCCACUAAUUGCCGGCUCCUUCAAAGAACAGUUCCUAAAGUUCGGUCUUGGAGCGUCGGUUGACGGCACGCUGCGGUCGGUGGGCGCAUUUGACGAGCACGGUCUUGUAGCAAUGCCGAAAGGCUUGUCUUUCACGGAGGCGGCUACUCUUAGCUGCGCUGGUCUCACGGCUUGGAACGCAUUGUUCGGGUGUUCGGGGAGGCAAGUGCGUGCCGGCGAUUGGGUGCUCACGCAGGGUACGGGCGGGGUGAGCAUAUUUGCGAUUCAAUUUGCCAAGGCGGUCGGCGCAAGGGUUAUUGCGACAACAAGUUCUAGCUCGAAGGCGAAGUUGCUUGAGAAGUUGGGUGCCGAUCAUAUUAUCAACUAUCGCGAGACUCCCGACUGGGGCGCAGAAGCUAAGAAACUGACCGGAGGAGUUGGUGUCGAUCAUGUCAUCGAAGUUGCAGGCCCGACAACGAUGAAUCAAAGUGUUGUGAGUCUUAGGCUCGACGGAACUAUCACCGUAGUUGGAUCUGUCGCUAGUAGUGGCGAUGUUCCACAGAUGCCCACUUUGCUGGAUUGUUGGAUGAGUCUCUUCACGUCUCGGGGAAUAUGGAUUGGAACUCGGCUUCAGAUGGAGGAUAUGUGCCGAGCUAUUGAAGCCAAUGUCAAAAAGCUGCGUCCUGUUAUUGAUUCUAAGGUCUUCAAGCUGGAACAGACGAAGGAGGCGUAUGAGUAUCUAGCCUCCGGUAAGCACCAGGGAAAAGUCUGUAUUGAAAUCGCUUGA